CAUUUCGAAACUCUAAUGCAAAAAUUCGACAACACCCUUUCAAAACCGAUACACGCACCAGCAUUGUUGUUUUCUCCCCAUGAUGACUCGCAUGGCCAGAAGCGGUCGCAGCGGUCUCUCUCGCUCCUUCAGUAGCUGGAGGCGCCUCCCUAGCGGAAGAUUCGAUAAUGCCGUGCUGCGGGAGUUGCCUAUUGACACGGAACCCAAGAACUUCGUGCGUAGCGCCGUGUCUGGCGCGUGUUUCUCUCGAGUAGAACCCACACCCAUCACCAACCCAGAACUCGUCAUCACGUCUCCUAAUUCGCUGCUUUUAGUCGGUAUCGAGCUAAAAGAGAGUGAUAUUAAGGGUGAAGACCAACAGAUUAACACUGGAGACGACAAUUCACAGCCAAUUGAGACCUUAGUGCCAUUCCUAGCUGGCAACAAGCUGCUGUCCGGCUCCGAGACGGCCGCUCAAUGCUACUGCGGCCACCAAUUCGGCUUCUUCUCGGGCCAAUUAGGAGACGGAGCCGCCCUCUAUUUGGGUGAAGUGGUGACUGGAGACGAGAGGUGGGAGCUGCAACUCAAAGGCUCCGGCCUCACUCCAUACUCUAGAACAGCCGAUGGGCGUAAAGUAUUACGAUCCACGUUAAGAGAGUUCCUAUGCAGUGAGAACAUGCACGCACUGAGUGUACCCACCACUCGAGCAGCCAGUGUCGUCAUAUCCAGAGAGACGCAGGUGCUGCGAGAUAUUUUCUACAAUGGCAACGCCAAGAUGGAGCCCACAGCUGUGGUGACCAGAAUUGCUAAGAGUUUCUUGAGAUUCGGCAGUUUUGAGAUUUUUAAGGAUGAAGAUAAAUUCACGGGACUGGCGGGACCUAGUGCACAUUUGGAGAACAAACAGGAGAUGAUGAGAGCGAUGCUGAACUUUACUAUUCGGCAGUAUUUCCCAGAGAUUAGUGGGGAGAGGAAGUACGAGAAAUUCUUUGAAGAAGUCGUGUGUCGUACGGCGAAAUUGGUGGCUAAAUGGCAGACAAUUGGCUUCUGUCACGGUGUGCUCAACACGGACAAUAUGAGCAUUGUAGGAGAUACACUGGACUACGGUCCGUUUGGGUUUAUGGAGCACUUUGAUCCCAAACAUAUUUGCAACACGUCGGACGACAGAGGCCGCUACAGAUACGAAGCGCAACCGGAGAUUUGCAAGUGGAAUUGUGGAGUUCUAGCUGAUCAAUUGGGACUAGUAACAGAGCGUACGGGUCUACAACCAGCUCUCGAGAUGUUUGAUACAGUCUACGAAGAAGAGUACAUGCGCUUGAUGCGUGAGAAACUUGGCUUAUCAGACGAACAGAAGGACGACAAGAUGCUCGUGGAUACACUCUUCGAUGUACUCAUGUUCACAGGAGCGGACUUUACUUGCACCUUCCGGUACUUGUCGGAACUUGACGCCUUUGACACUGGAGAUUCCCGUCAAUUAGUGCUGAAUAAACUUACUGGUGUUUCCGAGACUUUGGCUCAACAAAAACGCAAGCUGGAGCUGGAAUCAGGAGGAGUCACUGAUUCUCAGUACGAUAUGAUAGUGAUGCUGCUGAAGGAGAACCCAGCACGCGCUCGUCAGUAUGGUAUCACGCCUGCUCUGGUUGAUCAAAUGAGGACCAAUCGUGAAGCGAAGAAGCUGCUUGACUCGACUACAGACGAAGAGCGCAUGGAUAGUAUCUGUGCUACGUGGGAGGACUGGAUUGAUGUGUAUAUUUCACGCAUCAAGGAAGGGGAUGCAGAAAAUGAUGCGGAGCGCCGACGCCGGAUGCUCGAGGUGAAUCCGUUGUUUGUACUGCGCAACCACGUGGCUCAGAAAGCCAUCGACUUGGCACAUGAAGGCGACUAUGAUGGAGUGCAGCAUAUUUUUGAGCUUAUCACGAACCCGUUCGAAGAACCGAGCAACGACAGCGAUCUUGACUAUGCUCGACCGCAAGAUCCUUCUACCGCCCCACUUUGCGUGUCAUGUUCGUCGUAAGGCCUGAUGGUUUUUACUCCAUGUGUUAGUAUUAAGAUUCUAACCCAUUAAAAAAAACUUUAGUGAACACUUCC